CUGCGCUCAGGCGGCUGCUCCUGCCGCCGCCGCCGCCGGGACUAUACUGCUGCUGCUGCUGCUGCUGCAGCCUUCCUGCUGCCCAUGGAGGAGGAUUAGGGCGCCCCAUGGCCGCGCCUCCCGCCAGCUCCUCCCGCCGGCUCCUAGCACCGCCGUCGCUGCUCUUGCUGCUUGCCUGUGCUCUCCCCUCUAAGGACAGUAGUGAGGCAGCAGAAAGAGCUAGUACUUGGAACGAAGAGGUCGCUCAGUGGUGGGGGGAAUGGAGCUCCUGGUCCACCUGCUCCCGUACCUGUGGAGGGGGUGUGAUGUCUCGAGAGAGGCACUGCUUACACCAGCGGCUGCAAGUAUUUCAGGGGACAAAUACUAGCCUGUGCCUGGGUCAGUCUAAGCACUACCAGCUGUGCCAACAACAGCUUUGUCCUGCCAAUACAGCUAGCUUCAAGCAGCAUCAGUGUGCCAACUUCAAUGCCAAAGCCUUUGGGAAACACUAUUAUCAUUGGACUCCUCUUUAUCCAGAUGAUUAUACCAGCAUCUCUAACAAGCCCUGUGAUCUCCAAUGCACUACCAGGAGUGGAGAGAGACAGCUAAUGGCACAAGCCCAGGAUGGCACCUCAUGCAAGGACAGAACCUACCAAGGGGUCUGCAUCAAUGGGAAAUGUGAGCCAAUAGGAUGUGAUGGCAGCCUCUAUUCUUCCCAAGUGAUGGACCGGUGUCGAGUGUGUGGAGGGAAUGGAAGCACUUGCUAUCGAGUAUCAGGCAAUUUCCGAAAAGGGAUCUCACAGUUAGGAUAUGUGUUCAUCACCAACAUCCCUGCUGGUGCUACAGACAUUCUCAUUAUUGAGCAGAGGAAAACAGAGAAUAUCCUGGCACUGACUGAUGAAUCUGGGCACUUUUUCUUCAAUGGGAAUUCUGCUGUUGAUAAUCCUCAGAACUUCAGAGUGGCUGGCACUAUGUUCAAAUAUCGCCGGCCUUCCAACCUCUACUCUGAUGGCUUGGAGUAUAUUAUUGCUCAGGGGCCUACCAACCAGUCUCUCAAUGCCAUGUAUUAUAACUUCAAUGGGAAAAUGACCCAUGUAAGCUAUGACUACACAGUGCCAAGGGCACUGUUUCCAGCUCUUCAAACAGUGUCUCCUGCCAUCAAGAUGCCCCUCAGUCUUCACUUACCAGAGUCCAGUCACAGUCACCAAGAUGAAAUUCAAUCCAUUUCUGAAGAUUUCAAUGCUACUUGGAUUUCGCUUAAACCAGACGACAUACAGGAACAGGGGGAAGAUAAUGAAGGCAUGACCUUCAAUAGCCAGAACUACUUCCCAAGUAACUCUACAGAUAAAGGCAGUGACUGGAGCUGGAAACAUGGAGCAGAGGAAGGAAGAUUUGGUUUCCAAGUUCAGCAAGUCUAUCAUACAAACAGAGCAGGCGAAGAGGAAGAAAUGGCAAUUAGCAAGGAAACAGAUCUAGACUUUAGACUCAGUCGUAUCACAAUCAGCACAGCCAUGCCCCAUGGUGCAGUGAGGCCUGAACCCCAAGUGACCAGCAGGAUUGGACCAUCCAUACCACAUCUGUUUCAGAAGCUCUGUCUCCAAAAUCUACAAAAUGCUGCUUUUUGCAGAGAAUCGCACUACCUGGCAAUCAAGCUAGGGAGGAAAAAUGGAACAGGAAGAUCUGGUGACAAUCUGUUCGUUGAGUGGCCAGAGGAACUGCCCAAGCAACCUGCAAAACAGAACUUUGUUGAGAAUGUCAAUGUUGAAGCUUAUGUGGUGGGUGAAGCAGCAAAUGACACAAUGAUGGCAUCAAUUUCCAAACCCAUUUCUGGGUCUGUUCUUCAGAGUGGUUUGGGGAACAAAUACCUGUUAGAACCUCUUCAGGCUAUAGACACAGAAAGCAAUGACUUUGAACUGAACCCUCUUGGUCAUGAUGACAUCAGUCUGGCUGACAUGUAUCGGUGGAAAGUAUCAGCUUAUGCUCCUUGCAGCUCUACAUGCACAUCAGGGAUAAGCACUUCUUAUGCUAUGUGUGUUCGUUAUGAUGGAGUAGAAGUGGAAGAAACACAUUGUGAUGCACUAACUCGCCCUGAACCCACACAUGAAUUCUGUGCAGGCAGAGACUGCCAACCUAGAUGGGAGACAAGCAGGUGGAGUGAAUGUUCAAGGACAUGCAGUGAAGGCUAUCAGUAUCGAACUGUGCGCUGCUGGAAGAUGCUGGCUCCAGGCUUUGAUAGCUCUGUAUAUGAUGACAUGUGUGAGUCAGCUGGACUAAGCAGGCCAAUGGAGCGCAAAUCAUGCAAGAACAAAGCUUGUGGGCCGCAGUGGGAGCUGUCAGAAUGGUCUGAGUGUUCUGCUCGAUGUGGUGGUCCAGGGAUCUUGAAAAGGGAAGUGCGGUGCUCUGUGGAACCCAGUCUGUGCAGUGAGUUGGUGAAACCUGUCAGUGAGAGGGAGUGCACAGGGCCACCCUGUGAUAGGCACUGGACCGUCUCUGACUGGGGACCAUGCUCAGGUCUGUGCGGUGAGGGGCGGAUAAGCCGCUUUGUCACAUGCCGCAAUUUGGAGGGAAAAGUGAUCUCAGAUUCCCAGUGCAAUCCCAACACCAAGCCUCUGGCCAUCUAUCCCUGUGGAGAAAAGAACUGCCCUGCCCACUGGGUUGAGCAAGAAUGGGACCAGUGCAAUGCCACAUGUGGCCGAGGAGUCAAGAUGAGGACCGUUUUGUGUGUGGGGCUAGAAAAUGGGCUGUACAAGGAGUAUCCUGAAAAGCGCUGUGAUGCUUUCCCAAAGCCAGAAGUACAUGCAUCCUGUUUCAAGAGACCCUGUUCAACAUGGUUCUCAACCUCUUGGUCCCAGUGCAGUAAAACCUGUGGCACCGGCCUGCGUUUCCGUGAGGUGAAAUGCUACCAAGGAGAAACCUUAGGACAAGGCUGUGAGUCAGCUUCCAAGCCUGAAGCCAAGCAGACAUGCCAGCUGCAGUUGUGUCCCACAGACACCCCAGAUGAAGACUGUGAAGACAAAGCAACAGUUAAUUGUGUGCUGGUCCUAAAAGUGAAGCUUUGUUCACACUGGUACUACAGAAAGGCUUGCUGUAGAUCUUGUAGGAGUAAGUCACCCUAAUUUCCUGUCUGAGCAUUUAAUUUCUCUGCCUGGAUGAAGGAGAAAAGCAUCCUUAAGAGGCACACUUGACUGAAUUUUGCAUUCUAGAUCAGAAGCCACGAUGCAUGGCUCUCACAGAACCCUAGAGAACCCUUUAGAAUUUUCCGUAUAGCAGUUGAAAGUAAUGUAACUGCCAGACUUCAAGAUGCUACCCACAGGCAUUUGUCAUGCCAAGUGAAAUAUUAAAAUCCAUGGUUUCCUGGAACUCCUGGGUUUGAUGGCCUGUUGCUGCUCCUUGGACUAUCAAGACAUCAGUCACCCACCACAUUCCCUUAGCCAACUGUCUCUCUCCUACUGAUGUUUGUAUCCUAUUCCUCCAUAUAUGUCCAGGCUUUAGCAUUUAUGUUGUACUUCAGAAAACACAAAGCAUCUCAUGUUUAUUAGAGCACAAGAUGCUGAAUCAGAUCAUAACUUAAUCUCCUUCAGGGUUUUCACAGUGGGCAACCAGACACUUGCAGGAAACCUACAAGUAGAGUGUGAAGAUGUUACCCAAUUCUGGCUGCUUGUCCCCCAAGCAACUGGUAUACAUUAGUAUACGUAUUUCCCCUGGACAUGAAGGUUCUGUGUAGCUGUCUUAGUCAAUACUUGCUGACAGAUGUAUUAUAUAAAGCCAUGAAUUGUGUAAUCCUCUUUAAAAGAUACCUGAAGUAGUGACCAGUGCCGCAUUUACAACUUUGUAAGGUAGGUGUGACGUGCCACUUGUGUGUCCCCAGAUUAUUUCACUAAGGCCCACGCCACGUUCUCUUUUAUGCUGCCACCAGUUGAUCUC